GACAGAGUCCGAGAUCCCCACACCUAAAGCAAAGACCAUUGCAUUUCCUUUUUGUUCUUCUCUUUUUUACUCUAUUUUCCCUUUCCUUCUGUCUUCAUACUAUUUAAAAUGCUAUAUGAUUUAUAUUGGCUUUUAAAGACAUUAAGGAGCGAAAAUAUUCUUGAUACAUAGAUAUUUUAUUCUAGUUUAUCUAUAAUAUGCUAAUACUGAAUUUCUGGAAUACUCAUUUCCCCACUUUGUAAUUUAUUUACAUUGUUACGACUGUACUUUGAGGAAUACUUUUCCCCUAAUGAUUAUUUCUCUUAAACAGACUUGUUCUUUAACAGACCUAACAUUACUGUACAUGUUUCAUGCAAUUUCAAUUCUUACGGAAUGUCAUGCAAGAUUCUAUAGACGCGAAUAAUAUGAAAAUAUGAAGUUUGAACCACUAUAAUGUCAGAACCUGGACUGUCAGUCGAGGAAGAACUAUUUUUAUCAGAUAUUUUUGAUGAAGUAAAUAAUGUUACAAGUAAUCAUGACGUUUCUAAUAAUUCAAGUUCGAUGUCUAUCGAUGAUGAUGAACCAGAAUCUUCAGAUGACAGACCAGACUGGAAAGGUGUGAGCAUGGAUGAGAUUUAUAGAGGUUUAGGCGUAUACGGUUGUAAGGAGCUCCCAUCCAUUUCGCUUUCUUCAUCUCAUACAGUAUUAAUAUCGUUACCAUUGUCUGCACAUGGAGCACCAAAACCUUAUCCUUCUCACCAAGUGGAUAAAUGGUGUCAGGAUUUCGUAAGAAUGCCACAUUCAAAAUAUAAUUUAUAUCCAGUAGAGCAGGAUGGAACCCGACGUUGCCGUAACAGAUGGGAAUUAAUCCAAGAAUCUCUACUUCAAAGUUUUGUGUCGUCACAGCAAUUGGAAACAGCAAUACUUUCUUACAAUCAUACAUAUGCAGAACGUUGGAAUUUUGCAGCAUUGCAUCAUUUUUUUUCAGAGACUGUCGAUGAGGAUGAAAUGAACAUUUUCUUUGAUGUUUUAAUGCCAAAGAUGGUUCAAUUAGCUCUGCAUCUUCCUGUUUUGGUAACAGGAGCUGUGCCCCUCUUAAAACGUCAUACCAAUGCAACAAUUACUCUUAGUCAAUUACAAAUAGCCUGCCUACUGGCUAAUGCAUUUUUUUGUACAUUCCCGAGACGAAAUUCAACGAGUCCGCAGUCUGAAUAUGGCACAUAUCCAUAUAUUAAUUUUAAUAGGUUGUUUUCGGCAUGUAGAAGGGACAAGUGGAACAGAUGCGCAUCAGUAAUGGAAAAACUGAAAUGCAUAUUUCACUAUUUUAGGAGAGUAACAGCAAAAGCUCCAGAAGGUGUGGUAACAAUACAACGGCGGUAUAUUCCAAAAUCAGAUUGUCCAAAAUGGGACGAACAAGUACAGAAGUUGCCACCGUUACACGUUACAAGCAAAGGAACGAUAGAAAUGGAAGGAGCUGGUCUCUUGCAAGUGGACUUUGCUAACAAAUACGUAGGUGGCGGUGUACUUGGCUUUGGAUGCGUACAAGAGGAAAUACGAUUUGUAAUUUGUCCAGAAUUACUAAUAACUAUGCUUGUUACGGAAGAAUUAGACGACACUGAAGCCUUAGUUGUUUGCGGCAUUGAAAGAUAUAGUAAAUAUGAUGGCUAUAGUAACACCUUUAAAUGGACGGGAGAUUUCGUCGAUGAAACACCCGUGGAUAGUUGUAAAAGGCGAUUAACAUCUGUUGUUGCCAUUGACGCUCUUCAUUUCAAGCAAGCUUCGUCGCAAUUCAGUAUAGGCAAUAUAAGAAGAGAACUUAAUAAGGCGUACGCGGGAUUCGUCGGAUGUGAAAGUAAAAGAACUAAUUUGCCGGCAAUAGCAACCGGCAAUUGGGGAUGCGGUGCUUACCGAGGGAACCCAAAGUUGAAAGUACUCUUGCAGCUUAUAGCUGCAGCAGUAGCAGGUCGGUCCGUGGUCUAUUUCACUUUUGGUGAUACAAGUUUGCGAGACGACAUAGCCGAGAUGUAUUCACACUUGACAAAGCAGGAGGCAAAUAUAGCUCACAUAUUUAGUUUACUGUUACAAUAUCAAGAGUUUGCCACAGUUCGUCGCAUGGAUUUUUAUAAAUUUUUAUAUAGCGGAGGUAAAACGAGACCCCUGACACAUUACUUGAAUAAAUCUUUGCAGGCCAAUAAAAAUUCUACUGUAAAAGAACUUAUUUUCAAAAGAAGCAAAAGUGUUAGUAUAGACGAUAGAAAAUGUUUUCGUUCGGACUUUAAGGGUCCAGAAACAGAGGAGGAAAGAAUACAGAGAUGGUUGACGGAUUGCGAAGAAGGUACAAGUAAGAGGAAAACGAACACCAUAAUUGAGGAAAACGCACAAGGCACGGAUGGAGCAGAAGAAGAACUAAGUCAAGAUAGCGAUAGUAUAGGGAAGAAGGAAGAACAUAUUCAAGAUAAGACUAGUACCGAGAAAAAGAGGAAACCGUCUUUAUUAAAAAUGUUAGAAGAUACAGUACACUCUAGAACGAUUCCCGUUCAGAAACGAAUGUCAGCUCUUGAGUUUUUUGAUUCACAGGAAUUUAUUUCUCAUCAAACGAGCGAUGAUUGCGGUCCGUUAACAAAAGUUGAUAGCAAACCGAUGGUGAAAUCGUCUAGAACGCAUAGCACAAGCGAAUCUGCUCACCCUUCAACUGAAACUUGUACAGCAAUACCCAAUAAACGAGAUUCGCUGUGCAAAAAAUCGGGACAGCGGAAAAUUUCUGAUUUCUUCCAACGAACGUCUUGAAAAUUAUAAAACAGUGUAGGCAAAGCACAUUAAUUGAACAUUUGUUCAUAAAACAUUCUUUGCACACGACAAUGUUGUGCUGAAGAAAAAUGAACGAACUAAUUGUAAAUAAUUAUUUCAUUUCGCGAAAUCUGGAUUACAAAAGUGUUGAAAUUAUAAAUGCGAAUGUAUGGAAAAAUAAACUACAGUAUUCUCAUUUAGAUAA